AUCGGUGUUGUGUGUGUGGACAGGUCUUGUGUCUCUAAUGAGGUAGCGCGUAGAGGAAUGCUCGAUAGUUCCGUGAAGCGGGGAUUGUAGUACAGAAAAAGAAGAGGUAGGUUUGAGGUGGGGACGAAGGAGAAUGCCGAUCGCAAUGGGACCAUUGCCGUCCACUUUGGGUCGAGAUCGGACUUCUGAGUUUCACGCCAUCCUCGAUCGCUUGAGGAAAACGCAGGGAUCGACGUUGCCCUACACGAAUGGCGCCAAGUGCUCGACGACGAACGGGCAUGCCGACGAGACUGCCCGUCUUUUGCCGCAAGCGACGGGUGCCUUACAGUCGGAGUUCAACAAACGAGCGUCGCAGAUCGGGCUUAGCAUUCAUCAGACCUCGCAGAAGCUCUCCAAGUUAGCCAAAUUGGCAAAGCGAACAUCUAUGUUCGAUGAUCCGGCAGUUGAAAUUCAGGAGCUCACUUCAGUCGUUAAACAGGACAUUACCGCAUUAAACGCAGCUAUAUCUGAUUUGCAAAAGCUUUGCGAUUCAAGAAACGAUGGAGCAAACCAAAGUAAACAGAGCAGUGAGCACUCUGCAACAGUCGUAGACACGUUAAAGAGUCGUCUUAUGAACACUACAAAGGAGUUCAAGGAUGUCCUUACUUUACGAACUGAGAAUCUGAAGGUUCACGAUAAUCGACGACAGCUCUUCACAGCUUCUCCAAAUAAACAGGUUAACCCCUAUGCUCGGCAGGGGCCACUAGCAUCUGCUGUCCCUAGUUCCGCUUCAAGCACUGGUGCUUCUCUUCCACCUUGGAGCAAUGGGACGGGGAGAAGCAAUGAACUUUUCAGCUCAAGACGGCGUCCUACAGCUGAUGGACUGGAGAGUUCGCAGUCACAAGGGCGUCUGCAGCAGCAGCAGCAGCAGUUAGUUCCUGUUCAGGACAGUUACAUGCAAAAUCGUGCCGAGGCUCUUCAAAACGUAGAGUCCACCAUUGUGGAGUUGAGUAGUAUUUUUACCCAGUUGGCCUCCAUGGUUGCCCAGCAUGGAGAAAUUGCUAUCAGGAUUGACGAGAACAUGGAUGAGUCUCUUUCAAAUGUCGAAGGAGCACAAACUCAGCUUCUUAAGUACCUUGACAGCAUCUCAUCAAAUCGAUGGCUUAUUCUUAAGAUCUUUAUGGUGUUGAUCGCAUUCCUUUUGAUUUUUGUCGUUUUCGUAGCUUAGAUUUUUCAAAUAGUAGUUCUCACUCUCCAUAUUCAGGCUGGCUUCAACUUCAUUGGAGGGUAGCUCAUUUAUUCAUUUAUCGACUCUGCGUUUGAGUGUGAAGAAAAGGCAUUUUGGCUUUGUAUAAUAAUUGAUGUUCUAGCGGUCUAUUUCGGUGCCCGUUUUCCCCUUCAGAAUUAAAGUUUCAGUGCUAGUAGAUAUUGACAUGUUUGAGAUGUAGAACUGCCAGUUGAAAACUCUGUAUUUUUAUAGAUGAAACCUGUUUGAGAACAUUGAAGUUAGUAAACGAGGUAAUUGUGAUGCUUACACACCA